CGAUCGCUUUAGUCGCGGGCUGUAAUUCUCAGCCUGUAAUGACCCGAGCCGAGCAUUGCACUCCAGUUCAUUUAAACGCCGGUAGUGUCAAAGCGAGUGCACUAUCCAUUACCGAACUAUGAUUCUCAUUAACCUAGUGCUUGUGUACAUAUCGGCGAUUUUCCUCCAAAAUGCGGCAGCUGAACCGCCGAAGUUUCGAAUUCUGGCGCCCGCUUUCGUCUGUCCCAAAGACAAGGAUGCUAUCAUAGACAAGCCAGACAAUACUGUUAUCACCUUGCAGACAGACCCAAGUAUAAGAGUGGAGUUCAACUGGGUGGUGCGCUGGCACCCGCUGGUUGCGCCCACGCAGCGCUUCACUCUCGAGCUCUGGCACGCCGUCAGGGAGCUCGAACUCAAGCUCAAUGGACCCCAGCUAGAGACAAACGUCUUCGUUAUUAAUAACACUGAACUGCUCCCCGGCGUAAACUACAUAUUCAACGUCACAGCUUCUACAUACAACAAUGACGAGGUGUCAGAACAGUCGUUCAGCAUCGACAACAGCCAGGGAGACAGCAAGCUGCUCAUGGAGGGAAGGUCUGACUUGUUCUCCAUCGUGCUGCUGGGGGGACAGGUCACUUAUGCCGAUAUAGACUUCGUGCUCGAAGCUGAGGUUACUUCGUGUUAUAGGAGCCAUGAUUAUUAUUUUGUGUGGACAGUAACGAGUGCUCAUCACAACGUGGCGGUAUCUGACGUGAAGGGCUCCCGGCUGCUCAUCCGCGCCGGCACCCUCACUCCUGGACUAUCCUACGACGUCCUCUGUCAAGUGUACAAGUUCUCUAAUGGGGAGUUUAUCACGCAGAGUAGUCUGCCAUUCCGUGUGCUACAUAGAGGACUGAGUGUGAACUUCAAUGUUGAGAUGUUGGUCGUAUCUAUUGAGACGCCUUUCAAGCUAUACACGGAUCUCAAUAAGCUGGAUUACUUGGAUGAUGGAAUGACUAUAGCUUGGGAGUGUACAUUCGGCGGCGAGCCAGUCGAUACAUUCUACGAGACUGAUGACGAAGGGACGCUGUCCUUCCCAUCGGGACUGUCUUACGUGGGCGAGUACCUUAUAUCGUUGACAGUGAAUGUCGCGGGCCAGACUGCAGGAGAUCAAGUUAUAGCUCGCGUGAAUACCGUCGAAACCAAUCUGCCUGUUAUCAGGAUGUACCAAAUGUUCAGAAUUCUGAACGAAGGCAGCGUAGUGACAAUGAGGGCUAACGUGAGCAACAUGGUACCAGGGUGCUCCGUCGUUUGGUACUUCAAGAGCCAACACUGCUUAGUAUCUGAGUUCUCAACCGCCACUGACAUUUGCGUUGAUAAUGAGCACGGCUCACCAAUAUCCGAACCGGUAAACUUUUAUUCCCUGGAAGAGAACUUUUUGAGCGAGCUGACAGAUUACACCAAUGAGACUGGCUGGAGAUCUGUGUAUGCGAAUGUGGAAGCCGCUGCGGGUAGAGUGAGGGUAGUAGCCGAGUGUAAGUGUCAGGAGACGAACAAAGAAGAUAACUGUACUGCUGAGGGAGAGGUUUAUGCUGAUGUAAUAUUUAGUCUUAAUGAGAGGCCCCAAGUUAGUUAUGUGUUGAUAAACUCCAUCCAAAGGUUGUCUGGAAGAAAUCGCUGA